GUUCGAACCCGGGCUCAGACAGCUAUAUUUUGCAGCCUUUGUUUUUGGUCGCAGACCUUUCCCGAUUACCACCAGGGAAAAGAACGGCAGAGCGCUGUAUAAAUUGUUUUCUUUUUCCCUCGUUUAUUUUUUGUUUUCUGGGUUGGAAUAACUCCUCCCUCUGUAAGUUAAAUCCUCUCAAUCUCGGACUGAAAAGUUCACUGGGAAAAAAUGGAUUUCAGAACCCAAGAGGUGCUCUUUAUGACUUCUCAACUAUCGUUCACAACCAGGGAGCCUCAUUCACAUAACGUGAUCUGUUCCCAUUGUGUAGGGAAAUUUGAUAUGGUCUCCAUUUCCGUAAAUUCCUUGAUGACACUGAUCUGAAGAAUUUGACAGUUGCCUUUUCUAUCAAGAUCUUGUCAGGCUCUUUGCGUCGAGGAGAUAACAAAAGAUUUGAGAAUAUGUCUGGACACAAUAAUUCACAUGAAAGUGAUCGGCAUUCAAUCAAAUAUAAUAGAAAUCAAAAGAGGCUUCCAUCCAAUAAAGCUGAUCUUUCUCAUGUGAAUUAUAAACCCUCUCUAUCUAAUGCUGAAGCUAAGCAAUGCCACAAAAAUCCUGAUCUUAAGUCCCCAGAGAUACUGAGCAUGGCUCAGUUUAUCUCUGCCAUAGGUCAUAUAUGGGAUUCUGCAAGUCAAUCACUUUCAUGUGUCGACUCUAAGGAAAUUGUGAAUCAAGAUGAUAUAUGUUUCCAUAAAGGAAAAGUUCUGAUUAACUAUGGCGAGAAAAAAAAUGAAAGGGCAUAUGGUUCAAAUGAUACUAGUUACAGUGCUGUUACUAUGGGGGAUGCUAGGCUUGUUUCAUCCUCUAUGCCAGCAAACAUGGAUUUGCCUAAGGUAAUGCAGAAAAUAGUUGCACUAGAAUCUUAUAAUGGGGAUCAAGAUUAUGUUCAUUCUUUAUUUAAGAAAAUUUUGCAGAGCUCUACAGACAUUUCAAAUGAGCGUUGGAAAGCAAAGGACAUUGAGAGUGAGGAAUUCUCAUUUAAAUUGGGAAAUAUAUAUUGGUGUAUGAGUGGGAAUGCAUAUAAAGGGCUAAAGCAUCCUGUUGAGCUUGCUGAGUCUGAGAACAUGAAAAUUGCUGCUCCUGUGGCUGGGGGCUGCACUUCAAUAGAUGCAAGCACCCCUGCGUUUGCUAAUGAGAGUGAUCAGUGCAAUCCUGACAUGACCAUAUGUGAUGAUCUAUCAUCAUCUAGUGAUGGAAUGCUGGAUGGGCAAAAAUUUACAUCUCUGUCUGCAGACUACUUUCUUGGGGCCGUUCAUGAUGCUACAGCAGAUGUGGUUGUUAGUCAGACUCUAUUUCCUAGAAUCUGUUCUGAUUAUCAUAUUGACUCAUUAGCUACAUGUGACAGUGCAUCUGUGGGAUGCAAACUUGUGAUUGAUGACAAAGAAUUGUUAAAAGCCAAACAGAUACACCUCUCCGAUACCAUAACUGACAAUGAAUCAAAAGUUGAGGUCUCAGCAAAAGAGAUACCUUAUCAUUCCCUCGCCAAGCAAGAACAUGCUUUUUCUGGGGCUUUGGCUGGUGUAUGUGUCAGCCUUUGUUUACAUCCUGUUGACACAAUUAAGACAGUCAUUCAGUCAUGUGGCACCGAAAAGAAGUCCAUUUUUCACACUGGCAAAUCAAUUGUUUCUGAUAGAGGUUUGCCUGGACUUUAUCGUGGAAUUACUUCAAGCAUUGCAUGCUCAGCUCCAACUUCUGCACUGUAUACUUUCACCUAUGAAUCAGUUAAAGCAGCUUUGCUUCCUUAUCUCCCAAAGGAAUAUUAUUCUUUUGCCCAUUGUGUGGCAGGUGGUUGUGCAAGCAUUGCCACCUCUUCUAUUUUUACUCCAAGUGAACGAAUAAAGCAGCAGAUGCAGGUUGGAUCUCAUUAUCGCAACUGCUGGUUUGCAAUGGCUGAAAUUAUCAGUAAGGGUGGUUUUUAUUCAUUAUAUGCUGGUUGGGGAGCUGUACUUUGCCGAAAUGUUCCCCAUUCAGUUGUCAAGUUUUAUGUAUAUGAAAGGUUGAAGCAAGUGAUGUCAUCUUUACCAUUGAGUGCUAGGCCUAACACCUUUCAGACGUUACUCUGUGGAGGAUUAGCUGGAUCUGCUGCUGCUUUUGUCACCACCCCUUUUGAUGUGAUCAAGACAAGAUUACAGACACAGAUUCCUGGAUCUGUAAAUCAGUAUCAUAGUGUGUUUCAUGCCCUUUGCAAAAUAGGAAAGAACGAAGGUGUGAGGGGCCUGUACAGGGGACUGACUCCAAGGUUAAUUAUAUACAUGUCUCAAGGAUCGCUGUUCUUUGCUUCGUAUGAAUUUUUCAAGAGGCUAUUUUCUUUAGAAGAAUAGCUUCCCUCUGCUUUGGAAAACAAGCAUGGAGAUGACAGAAGAUACAAUGUUAACAGUUCCUCAAGCGUCAUGCAUCAGCAGGAAAUUCUUGACAAGUAUAGAGGGUUUGUGUUGGAAGCAUGCCGGAUCCACUCUUUCAGCCCUCAGGAUCAGCAAGGUGGUUCAUAAGCUGUAUGUUAUUGGUCCUGAAGUGGCUCGUGAAUGUACAGGCAGCUCUAUUCUAGAGGAUGACGACUUAUUUAGAUUUAGCUAAAGAGGAAAAUAAUCUUGCAUUAAAAGCGUGCAUGGAAAAUUAAUCACUGAUGUGCAUUGCUUCUUCAUUGCAGCAUACUUCGUAUGCCUGCUUCUUGAUAUCCUACUACUCUGAAUCUUGGGAUGAGUCGGCUUAAACUCUGAAUCUUAUUGCGAGGAAACACUCGAGAAGCCAUCCACUGAUCAGCAUUAUUGAUGAAAUGGGAGAUUUACUAAUGCAUGAUUGGUUUGUUACUUAUAAGCAUAUGAUUAGAGAGGCUAACAUGUGUACUGACAAGCUAGCUCAUUAGGUUCAUGAGAUGGUUGCUUAAUUUAUAUUGAUUUUGCUGACAUGGUUAAUAAGCCUCAUGCUCAUGUCUUGUAAAUUGUAAUAUUUGACUUCUUCACAAAUUAAUGCCAUGGUGUCUUUCUAUUAAAAAAAAUAAAAAUAAAAAAGGAAAUAGUUUUUGCUUGGAAUGCUUCAAA